AUGGCUAGGUGUGGGCUCCACGUCCUGCCCGACGACGACAACCACCAGCAGCAGCACCACCACCAUCGUCAUUAUCAUCAUGGCGCAGCAUUCUGGGGCACUUUGUCCCCUUUCGAUGGAGCAGCAAAUAUCCAGAGGACGAAAGGGCAUCAGAGGGCAGGAGUAUUGCCAGUCAGAUGGGAGCGCUCAGGGAGAGUGCUGCAGCAGUUGCAGUUGGUUGAGGUUGUGGUUGGAGGAGGGGUCCUGGAGGUUUGGGUUCAUUUCUUGUCCGCAUCAGCAGCGGCAUCGAUGCUGGUGUCCUGGGCGGCAUCCCGGCUCAAUAAAGUCUUCUACGUGUUUCCCGUCAACCUUACUUACAAUCUUCCACCCGUACCGCUGCACAGCGUCCAGGGCAGGCCAAGAAGUAGGACACAGAACGGGGCACAGGGUCAGGAGCAACAGCCUCUAUCCAGGUCUAGUUUUCCAGGCAACGGAAUCCGUCUUAGCCGCGAGAUGAACGAAAUGAUGCUCAAUCCAGUGGACGGUUGCCAGGUGGAGUUCGUUGGGGACGAUACACACCACUGGUUGGCCACCAUUCUUGGCCCUUCUGACACGCCCUAUGAGGGAGGACAUACUCAGUUGGACAUAUUAUUCCCAGAGAACUACCCGGUUGGCCCGCCUAAAGUACAAUUUCUAACUCAAAUGUACCACUGCAACAUCUGUGGUGACGGCCUUCUAUACCGGGAUAUACUAUCGAAUAAUUGGACGCCGGUUCUUACUGUAGAAAAAGUGCUCCUAUCGAUCAGGACGCUGCUAGCAGCUCCCAACCCUGACGACCCCUUGGAAAUACUCGUGGCCAACAUGUACAAGGCGGACCACGCGCAGCACGACGAAAUCGCCAGGGAGUGGACCACACGUUACGCCACUCCCGAGGCAUUUUAAAUUAUAGUUUAUUUAUACAUAAUACACAGUAAUAUGAUUAUCGUACACAGAUACAUACAUACAAAUAUUAACUUAUAUACAAUUUGUUGAAGAUCACAAUAAAAAUAUAUACUGUAUUCUACAG